AUUUUACUACUAGAGGCGCACCUUUCGCUUCCGUUUUAUUAGAAGAAAACGUUUCCAGUUGUAGAGACACGAGACGUUCAAUUUACCGCCAUUACGCGCCUCUUCGGUGUAAGUGUCUGUACCGAAGAGCAGUGCCACGAUGACGGACAAUCAGUAUACAAGUUAUCAGCAGCAAGGCUAUAAUCAAUAUAGCCAACCUCCACCAACAAGUGGUCAGGAUACAUCGUAUCCUCCACCUUCAGGAGGAAGUGCUGGUUACAAUCAGUACAGUCAGCCACCACCGAGUGCCAGUAGCUAUGGCAGUUAUAACAGCUACAAUACCAGCAGUAGCCAGGAUUAUGGUCAGAACCAAAGCCAGGGUGGUUACGGGCAAAGUAGUUAUGGUGGAAGUGGCGGAGGAACUGCCAGUUCUGGUAAUGGCAGCAGUUACGGUGCUGGUGGUGGUGGCGGCGGUGGCGGAUAUAGCCACAGCGGUGGAAGCAGUAGUGGCAGCAGUGGAGGAUACACUCGUGGUGGUGGUGGAGGCUACGGAGGCAGCCAAGGCGGUGGUGGCAGUGGCGGAGGUGGUAGAUAUGGUAGCGAUCGCGGUGGAUAUGGCGAACGCUCCAGUAGUGGCGGUGGCGGCGGAUACAACAGUGGCGGUGGCCGUGGUGGUUUUAACAAAGGGGGCUACGGUGACCGCAAUGGAGGCGGUGGCGACGGAAUGGUUGUGCAAGAGGAUACCAUUUUUGUAUCCGGAAUGGACCCAUUGAUCUCCGAGGAGGAAAUUUGUCAGCACUUUGGCGCCAUCGGUCUUAUAAAGAACGACAAGCGCACUGGUAAGCCCAAGAUAUGGAUGUACAAGGAUAAGAAUACUGGAAAGCCAAAGGGCGAGGCUACAGUUACUUACGACGAUCAGAACGCCGCGCGAUCCGCCAUCGACUGGUUUGACGGCAAGGAGUUCAAAGGGUAUACAAUUAAGGUGCAGAUUGCACAGCAUAAGAGUAACUGGCAAGGCAGUCGUGGAGGAGGUGGUCGCGGAGGCGGCGGUGGUGGACGUGGACGCGGCGGCGGCGGCGGCGGUGGUUUUGGUGGUCGAGGUGGUGGUGGUGAUCGGGAUGAUCAUCGUGGAGGUGGUGGCGGUGGCAGUGGCGAUGAUCGUCGUGACGGAGGUGGCCGUGGUGGUGAUUGGAGGUGCCCAAACCCAGAUUGCGGAAACACGAAUUUCGCUUGGCGUGAUCAGUGCAACCUCUGCAAGAGUUCCAAGCCUGAAGGAGCUGGUGGAAGUGGAGGUGGUGGUCGCGGCGGUGGCAGCCGAGGAGGUGGCGGAGACCGCGGUGGACGUGGAGGAGGCUUUAGAAGUGAUAGAGGCGGACGUGGUGGCGACAGGGGCGGAAGAGGCGGCGGCGGUUUCCGUGGCGGUGAUAGAGGUGGCCGAGGUGGUGGUCGUGGCGGACCAAUGAGAGGUGGUGGCGGACGUGGAGAUAGGGAUAGGGACCGCCAACGUCCUUACUAAAGGAAACUAUCAGUACGUCAAGGAAACGCACCACACGGAUGGACUUGUACACAUUUGUACACAUUCAUAGUUCAUGUACAUUUCACCAAACACAGAUAUCGUGUGUUACACUUAUUGCAUCGCCAUUUUAUUUCCUCAUACUUUUGUAUUCACAAGAACAGUGGGAAGACAUGAAAAAUAAAUUGUAAUCUUUCUUUUGUAUUCGUGACGAGAAUAACUGUCUGUGUAAAGUUAGAUUUUAAUAAACAAUAAGACUUUAGUUUGUAACUGCAAAA